UAAAAUCAACAAAAUUACUGUCGCUUUUGAUUCACACUUUUCAGUUUUCCCUCUCAACAACCAACUUCACAAACCCAACUACUUUUUCCUUCCACGCAACUGCAUGUUUUUCCCCUUCCUUUCACACCAAAAACCCUCCCAUUUUCAGUUACAUUUUAGAAAAAUUAACCCUGUAACUGCCCUUUCCCCCACUUUAACCUCCUCUUCUUCGUUAUCAUCGCAAAAAGAUUGGAUCUUUUUCUAAUGGGGGGCCAAGAAAAGAAGAUCGAUCAAAGAACAAGGAAAGAGAUUAUUACGGCUUUCACAGUUUCUUCUCAUCACAAGUAUGCAGGGAUUGACCUUAUGCAGAACUGUGAUCUUCCCCCACCUUCCAAGGUUUUUGUUGGACCGGAUGAGACCAUUGUGUUUCCGAUGAAUCGGGCCUGUGAUGCUGUGGGUAAAGAAGGAGAGGAAGAACAACGGGAUGGGAGACAUUAUGGUACUUAUGGUGGUGAAAACGGUGGUGGCGAUGAUAGAGAUAAAAUUGAACUUCUGAAGGCCCUGCGAGCUUCGCAGACUCGUGCCAGGGAAGCGGAGAAGAAGGCUGCAGUUCUGAGGAAAGAAAGGGAUGGUCUUUCAGUGGCUCUGGUGGAGGAGGCUAUGCAGUUGUUCGCGUAUCGGCAGCAUGUGAGAUUGCUUGAGCUUCAAGUUUUGCACUUGCGAUCGCUGUGGCCGGAGAAGAAACAUGUAAAUUGUUGCGCUGACACAAUAGGAUCAUCAUCGAUGGAAGAUGGCUCUGCCUCUGAUGGAGAAAGGUCAAAUGUAAAAUUUGUUCUGGCUUUGGCUCUUACUUUGGGGAUUGGAGUGACCACUGUUCUUGCUUGCAAAUACUUCUUGUAAACUCGCCAACUUCUAUUGAAGUUGUUUCUAUAUAAUGAUUGCACAUGCAACUAGUGAACAAAUAUUUUUGACUCACGAAUCAAUAAUGUUCUAAACAACGGUUAAGCAUUCCCUAUUGAGUAAAUGCUCUGACUUUUGUAAACGACCAAUUACGUCCCUUAAAUUGAAAAAUGUGAAUUCACGUUCAUUCCUAAAUAAAUUGCCGUCUUAACAGUGUUGAUGUGUGUUGUACAUUUGGAAAAGGAAGGUUGGUAGAUUAUUCACUGUGACUAGGGAUACCAGUCACGAAGCAACUCGUGGGAGGAACUAAAAUCACUCUCUUCCUCAAGGAGGAUCAGGUGGGUACUUCUGUUGGAACUACAGGAGUUGAUCAUGCGUUAGAGAGCAUCCACAAUAUCAGGGAGGCAUUUCCAGAGCUCUGGGAAGCCAACGAAAAGCAUGAAAUUGUCAAGUAUAAUGUUGCAAUUGCGGCAUCAGUGAUAGCUCAGUUCAAAAUACAAGUUUACUCUCUAGUGCCUUGUUUUGUGUAAGCGCUUAUCUGAUCAAUGUAAUUGUCAAGUUAUUUGAAUUUUUUAUACAAAUGAAUAUUUUGACCAGUAAAGACGAAGAACAGAAGAGAAGAGAUGAUGAAAAUUGGGAUGGGAGGUUAAGGUUUUAUUAUUCAAGAUGGAUUGAUUUGGGCAUUAGAAAACAAAUCUGGACACCAAUUUGAACCAUGCUCAACCUUUGUCUACGUUAGCAUACUGUUA